GUCCUAAUUAAUGAGGAAAUAGAAAGUCAUUCUGUUUCAUAAACUCAAGUUCAGUACUCUUCUAUAUUCCUUCUUUUCUUUGCAGAGAUACAUGUCAUCAUGCUCAGUCUGUUUGGUCUUUUCUUUCCUGUAUUUGUGGUACUUCAAACGGCCAUUUCUCAGGAAAUAUGUGCCAGGCUGAAGUUUGUCAACUUAACGAACGACCUUCUUGUGGCUGAAAACGACUUCAUCAAUAUUACAUUUUACAUGACAACGGAAAACUGCUCUGGGGAUCCUUUAUACACCAUCACUGUUUCCACUUCUGUGGACAAAGUUGAUGAAAAGACAGAUCAUUGCAAAAUACGUGUUCAAAAUGGCGCCUAUUCAAUAACUGAGCAAAGUAAAUCCUGUCGAAUGUGGAAUUCGGGGAACAAAAUAGAGUUUUCUCAAGAAGUGCAUCCCUCAGUCAGAAAACUAAUCUUCAUUGUUUCAACUAGAACUGCAAAGUCUGUUUAUACUGUCAUACCAGUCGAAAGAGUUACAAGGGAACCAUCAAUGACGACAGGGGAAGAAGACAUGUCAACACUAACAUCAACUUUGGAAUCGUCCUCAGCUUCCACAGUUUGUACAACAUGCGCCAAAGUGAAGGUCGACAACAUCACUGAUGGUGUUCUUCGUGUCCCAGAAAAUACUGUCGUCAGUCUGAUGCUCCACUUGGAAACUGAAAACUGUCCUCAGAAUCUUACCUACUUCUUACGUGUUUUUAUUGUGCUACCCAAACUCAGGCAUGAAGUAGAUAUGUGCAAAAUAGUGGUUGUGGAUGAUGUCCAUCGGUUAUCUGACAAUAGUGCACACCACUGCCACCCGGGUAGCUCUGACAACAAUAUAAAGUUUACCUUCAACGCCACCUCACUAGACAUGAGACUGGGAUUCACUCUUGCUUCUCUUGAUAUGGUCUCCACUGCCACUUACAUUAAUAUCUCAGAAGAAUUUACACCUGUGGACGCCUUACCUUCUAUACUGGAGGACAACGAGCAGCUUCACCUGACAUCCAAGCCCACAGCCCCAGGGUUGGUGUUUGUGGACUGA